CCACGUGACAGCGUCAAACCCGGAAACGACCUCCCCCCCCCCCGGCCGCGUCAGGUGACAUCACUCCGACUUGAGGUGACGUGAAAACAAGCAGAAACGAAAGUUGAGAUGACGCCGAGACAAACCACCGAGAAAUAAACAAACGUGAAGUCGAGCCAACGUGUCGGGUUCGGGUCUGUGAGCCAAACGUGACGGGGGUCAUGUUGUGCCACAGGGGCCUCGGCCGUGUUGUCCUUCUGGGGCUGCUCUGCUGCGGGGUUUUCCCACGUGUGUUCUCCUGGAAGCAGGAGCCGGAGACUCCGGACUGGAGGACCACCCUGAAAACCAUCCGCAACGGAAUACACAAGAUCGACACGUACCUGAACGCAGCACUGGACCUGUUCGGGGGAGAUGACGGGCUGUGUCAUUACAGGUGUAGUGAUGGUUACAAGCCGGUGCCUCGUCCUGGGUACAAGCAGCCGCCACCCAACGGAUGUGGCUCCCCACUCUUCGGAUUCAAGUUUGACAUCGGCAUCCCGUCCAUGACCAAAUGCUGUAACCAGCACGAUCGCUGCUACGACUCGUGCGGCCGAGAGAAGCAUGACUGCGAUGAGCAGUUCCAGGACUGUCUGGAGACCAUCUGCAGGAACGUGCAAAGAACUCUGGGAUUGGAGCAGAGUGUCCAAGCUUGUGAGACGGCGGUGAAUCUGUUGUUCGAUGCUGUGAUGCACAUGGGAUGUAAACCGUACCUGGACAGCCAGAGAGACUCCUGUGUGUGUCAGUAUGAAAUGAAGAGGGAACUGUGACACGGCCACAGAAACGAAUCGUAAAAGACUGGUUUCAGAGGCACAACACCGAGAGAGGAGAGAAACCCCAGCAAUAUCCUUCUUGUUCACACUCGAAGAUUUUCUCAGGGACAGAGUGUGGGUAGAGUUGCUCCGCUCCCUUUUUUGUCUGAAUUUGAAAGACACACUUCUGUUAGACAAGUGAAUGUGAAAUUACUUUAGUUUACAUCUGUGGACAAUUAAUAUAUUUCCUGUGCAGUUAAUUAUUUAUAUUUUGUCAAAACUGUAUGACGUGUUUGUCUUUUGAGAGUAUUUGGGGUUUUCCUGGGUUUGAAUGUGUACGACCAAAUGUGUAAAGCUAAGUCAGUUUAACCUGAAGGAUUUUAGUUGGUGUACAGCUGAACAUGCUUCAUAGAGCAUUUUGUCCACAGUCAACAAGAUUUUCUGAGGUUUAAAUGUAGCAUUUUUUCUGUGAAUGAGCAACUGAUUUUAAACUCAGCACAACAAACUAAUUGAACAGCCUCACUGUAUCUUUAUUUACCCAAUUAUUAUUAUCACCUCUUUGCAUUGUUAUGUCCAGAAAACCUUAAAUAAAUGAUUAGAUAAUAACUGGCCAUAUCACCCAUGGGCUUAAUAGAAACGUGAUUGGCAAGUUAGUAAAGAAUGUGUCUCUACAGCAUCUAAAACAAUUUUUUUAUAAAAACUGUUUUGUUUCUACCUUUUAUAAAAUCAGUCAAAUAUUGCAUGAAGGGAGACACUACAGUGAACUCAGCUGAGGCAAAUGUGAUAACAUUGUGUAGACACUGGAUUCAAAUGUCACUACAAUAAUGAAACAUGUCUUUAUGUAGUACAGUCAUUAAUAGUCAUUAAUAUUGGAGAAACUGUUUAUCUUUCAUGCAGCACAUGUUAUUAAAGUUAAUUCACGUUAAUUCAUUCAUCCAUGCUUAUCCAGAUCAUUUUUAAUGAUCGACUGCAACAUAGCUGAAACAAUAAGUCGAUUAACCAAUAAGUUGCUCAACAAAAAAUAAUUGGCAACUCGUUCUU